ACUGGCCACUCUCUCAACCGGUAAAAGCAACUAGGGCAAGAUGGAUAGCGGACCUUAAAUAGCUGAGAGGCACUCGGGGGAGCGGUUAGGGCUCUAACGAAAAACGAAGCCGGAGAAGAGGGCUGAAAGGAUAUUUUUACGCAGAUACACAUAGCGCCAAGAGCAUGGAUCGGUACCAGAAGGUGGAGAAGCCAAAAGCUGAAACACCGAUUGAUGAAAAUGAGAUUCGUAUUACAAGCCAGGGCAGGAUGAGGAGCUACAUAACCUAUGCCCUGACUUUGCUUCAGAGGAGAAUUGUUGGUCUCCACCAAAUCACAGCGAUUCAAUCCACUGAUAUAACCGAUACCUGGGAACCCCUGGAAGAAGGGCUCCAGACUUUGGAAACCACAAGGAAAGUCUCGAUGGUCACAAUCACUCUAUCUAAGAAGGAGCUAGACAAGGCAAAUAUUGGGUACCAACCUCCGAUACCAGCUGACCAGGUCAAAGUCGCUACAGAGAGGGGUCACCUUCCGUGCGAGGAAGAGGUCGGGGUGGAAGAAGGGGAAGGCCAAGAGCCCAAUCUGGCAACGGUUUUGCAUCUGGGGAGUAUGAAGAUGGAGGGUAUGAGAGAAAUCGUGGAUAUGGGAGGGGUGGCAGGGGAAGAGGCAGGGCUCGCAGCUUCCGUGGGCGUGGACGGGGAGGCUACGGUGCUCCUCCUCCUCCUCAAGUGGACGAUGCUGGAGCUUACAAUCAAGAUGCACCUCGAGGUCGUGGCCGUGGAAGGGGCCCACGUGGCAGGGGUCGUGGAUUUAGAUCUAAUGGGCCGGUUCAAGCUGCUGCUUGAGUUGCUUAUAGGUGUGUGAAUUUGGGUGAUGGUUAUUGUGUGAAGACUAUGAUCUAUAAUGAUUUUCGACCCCAAAGUUUCUUAUGUUAUUCUGUAUGUUUUAGUGUUUUACUUUUAGGAUGUCUGUAAUGAUAGGAGACUUAUGGACCGCGCGAGCGUGGUGAGCCUUUUUUGUUUCCUUUAUCAAGUAAUCGAUAUAUUGUUUUCAAAUCUUUUUAGUUGUUUCGACCUUUGAUCAGCUGUUACCUUUUAGGUGGUGAAUCUUAUUCUUUAAUUUGUAUUUCCGCUUAAGUUAGCUAGCUGUUUGAUAGUAUAAAGUCAGACAUCAUGUAUUGUAUCCUUUUAUUGGGAUGAUUUUCUGGUUUUUCAUUCAGUAAUGCUAAAUAAAGUUUGCAGUUCUUUGGGCUUUGGUAUCGAUUAAA